UAACGAUGAUAAGCUAGACGCCAUAGUUUUCGGAGUCUGAAUUUAAGUUGACGCUAUUUUACCGGAAGUGUUUCUAGUACAGAUACCUUAUGACGUAGAUGAAACCAUAGAUGGAUUCACCUAUCACAUCCUAAUUGUCAGAUGUUCCGCUUUCCGUUGUCUAUCAAAGAGCGGUUUACAUCCAAGUCUUCCAAAUGAGCUAUUUUGGUCUGUAUUCAGCGUAGUGAUUAUUGAUUAUGUUUGUUAUACAGCACCUCGGCCUUCUCUUACAUUUGCACACAAACAUGCAAUCAAUCUAGCUGGAACUCCAUAUGUCCGAUGCAAUGGGUGGAACUUCAGUUUUACUAACGAACGAAGAAAAUUCUGUAUUACACUCAUUGUUUGGAGCUGGUUGUGAGUCAUUAGCUUCUGCUGUAGUACGGUAUUUCAAAGGUGAAAAUGAAUCGAAUUGGGUGCUAAAAGGUUGUGGUGUCGCAUGUUGCAUCAAGGACAAGAAUUAUAAGGAUUAUUUCAUCAGAAUUUAUGAUGUGAUUAGGAAAACUCCCCUCUUAGAGCAAAGGUUAUUUUUGGAAAUGGAUUAUACUGAGGAACUAAAAUACUUUCACAUAUUUCAAUCAGAUGAUGGACCAGUUGGACUUGAUUUCGCGUCUCUUGAGGAAGCUAAACAUUUCUCAAAUGAAAUAAAUGGUCGCUUAAGAUCUAUACGUGCAGCUGCUGCUGACAGGUCUUCAUCUAAUUUUCAUACCGUUGGUUCUCAGCCAGUUGUACAAGCCAGUAUCUAUAAUUUAAAUCAGACAAAACUAUCUGACCAAGGAUUUAUGUCAAUAAGGAACAAAACAAAGGCUAAAGGAAAAAAGCAGAAACUUACAUCAAAAGAUAUCAGUAAUCCUUCAAAUUUUCGUCAUAUUGAACAUGUUGGUUAUGACAGAGAAGCUAAGACAUUUGAUAUAUCUUCACAAGAAAGUGCAAUUAUGCGUGACAUACUACGUGCUAUUGGACGUGAAGAUGCUAUGAAUAUACCGAGUGAACGAACGUUUGUUUACAAUUUCGCACGUGAACAUGGUGGUUUGGAAGAGAUUCAGCGGCAACUGAACGGUUCUCAGGGUGAUAGGUGUAGUAUACUAACUACCAAUGUACCUCCUCCAAGACCACCACCACCUCCACCGCCCACUGCACCUCGUCGACAAAACCUUGGUCCUGCUACACCUUCCCAGCCGACUGCAAUACACCACCCACCUCCACCACCGGUCCCGCAAGUAGCUCCUAAGCCAGUCGCACCACCACCACCGACUCUACCUGCACCGCCCCUUUAUGAAGUCUCUGCCCCACCGCCACCCCCACCCCCACCUUUAUUCCCCAACUCUACAGCUGCUCCUCCGCCGCCUCCUCCCCCUCCUCCUCCUCCUCCAGCAUAUCCUACCUCUGAGGUUGAGAACGAAAACGCAUCAAAUGCUCCUUCAAAGUCUACAACAGGACUAACUGUUGAUCUUCAAUCACAAAUUAUGUCCUUCCAAAAAAGCAACCUGCGUAAGAUUACUCCUGGUGAAGGUGUGUCCAAACCACCUGGGAAACCUAUUGGUAGUAAUCAUGAUACUACUACUACUGGUAGUAGUAAUAAUACUACUGCAGCCAAUCCAACUGCCGGUGGAGGAGGAGGAUUCGAUUUACUACAAUCACUAGCUCAAGCAAUGGAAAUGCGACGUAAUCGUAUGUGUAGUAAUGAUAGUGGUGACGAAUCGGAUGCUAAUUCUCCACCAGGUGAUUUCGGAUCAGAUGAUGACUGGGAAACAUGAAUCAAUUUAAAAGAGAAGAAGUAGAAGAAGGAGGAAGAGCUAAUAACAGACCAAUUUGUUACUUAGUUUGUUUACCACAUGCUUUCAUUACACACACACACACACACACACACACACACACAAUGAUCUUUUACUGACUUUUCUUUUUUUGUUCGUUGGGCUUUAUUCACUUUUCUGAUAAUUGAUUUUUUCUUAUUCGUACUUAUAUUAGAAUCAUAUGCAGAUGGAAUUUUCUAUGUAUUGUUUGUUAUUUCACUCAUUUGUUUGUUUAUGCAGCUUUAAUCCAAGUGCCUUAAUUUCUUUUCUUUACUUCUUUUUUGUUUUGUUUUUUUGUAUAUCUUAAAAAAUUACACAUAUUUUAGCAGCAUAUUAUUAAUAAGUAAUACAUAUUGUGCAUAUCGUUUCAUAAACUAUUUCAGAAAAAAACAUCAUUGUCUUUUUCUCUCUCUCUCUCUCUUUACAUUUUGUCUUUUGCUACGACCGCUUAUAUUUUGGCUGUUAAUUAAUUUGUGAUUUGCAUAUUGACCUUUUUCAUUAACAAUAAUGAUAGUAUUCUCAUUGUUAAACAAUUAGAUCUUAAUCUAAUUUUAAAAAUAAUGAUCAAUGAUUAUUUUGACGAAAAGCUGACAUUCCUCUGUUAUCAUUGCCAUUUUUUGUAUAUUGAUAAUGAUAAUAUAAUUACUAUUAUUAUAA